AUGAUAGUAAGAAAUUUUUAAUUUAAUUUUUUUCUCAUAAGAUAGCUAUGAUAGGCUCAACGAGAGUUAGAAGAAGAGCGCCGCAAAACCAACGAGUCUGUCAGAAGCAAAGAGCGGUAAUUAAUUUGUUAAUCACGUGUGAAUAGUAAUUUUUGAUAGAACUGAAACCGAUGUGCGGGAGUUUGAUCAUUCCAGCGCUAUUUCUGGUGUCUGUUUCACUUGCGAAUUAUUAGGUGAAGAUGUUUCGAAGCCUAAAGAAGAGGUUUUCGGGCUAAAAUUUUUUCUCUUAUAUUUUUUCCUUCAGUUGAUGAGAGAUCUCGAAGAGUUUUUAACGGAACAAGCACUAUCCAAUGAGGACGAUCGUGUAAUUCCCGCUGUCCUUAUGAUUUAUUCUCUGAACAAGUCAGCUCAAAAAGAGGUUGCUAAUUUUCUAAUUUUCAUUCAGAAGUGCAAUUUCAGAUAGCAAUCGAGACCUUAUGUAAAUAUCUUCAAAACAUUUUGGAACAUCCAGGAGAAGAAAAAUAUCAGAGAAUCAGAGUUUCGAACAAGGCUUUUCAGGUGAUAAAAAAAAAAAAUUAAUAAAGUCUUCUAAAACUUUGAUGAUUUUAGGAACGUGUGGCUAAUGUAAAAGGCGGUAGAACCUUCUUAGAAAGUGUAGGUUUCGACGAAAAAGUUGAAGGCGGGGAAAAUUUCUUGAUAAUAACCGAUCCAGACGACGGUGUUCUGAUCGGAGCUCUUGAGGCCUUAAAAAAUGGCCAAUGUGUUCCUGUGAAAGUCUCCCGAUGUCGGAAGGUUUUUCGUAAAAUUAAAUAAUGGCGAACUAUUUUUUGUAUUGCAGGUUUUCUCGAUAAAAGAAGGACAGAAGAUUGUCAGUCCUAAAAUUCCGCCCGAUUUUUACAAUUUGUCAGCCGAAGAAUUGAAAAAAGAACAACAAAUGAAAACGGAGCAAGUAGAAAGAGUAAGCCGUAUGCACCAAGAUAGAAAAGAAAAUUUUUAUCCAGAUGUUGACUCUGAGAACAAAAGAAAUGCGGCUGAAGGACGAUCAAUUGAGAAAUUACAAGUACAAAUACACGCUGAUCCGUGUUCGAAUUCCUGGAAAUUUCUUGCUCCAGGUCCGUUCCACCUCGUGUGUUUCAAAAAAACGAAAAAAAUUUAGAAAGAUGCUACAAUAGUUAUUUUAUAAAUAUUUCGAAGACCUUCCCUUGUGACUGCGAAAAAUUUUGCGGUUGGAAGAAAAGUUUUGGUUGAAAAAAAAGGAAGAUGAAACUUCUUUGAAGAAAUAACGAUUUUGAGACAAAAAAGAUCGGUUUCUCUAUGAUGAUGAUUCAAAAAGGAUGCUUUUCGCAGCUUUAAGAAUGUGAAAGAAAAAAAAAGUGAAAAAGUAAAUCUAAUUAAAUUAAAAGAGUAUGUUUUUUCAGUUCCCAAAAAAUGAAAAUAAGUUUCAUAGUGUUGCUACGCAUAGGAAGUAGAUGGGUAAGAUCGAGCAGAUACUAUGCUUUUUCAACUUUUGUGGGAUUCGAAAUCAAAAAAACACUAUUAAUCAAUUUCAUAUUUGGAGAUGACGAGAAAAACGAGAUUUCAGCAAAAGGAGAUUUAAAAAAUAGUUCGCUUUUGUAUCCUCUCAAGCUUCACAAUCAGUGAAAAAAGUGUUUGAAGCAUGAUUGAAUUUUUUUUUGCUUUUAAAAAUAAAACAGUAAAAAAAAUGAGUUUGCAGGGUGUAUUCGGCUGUCAUGAGCCGGUUUGUGCUGUUCGGCUAUUCGUGGCAAAUGUUCUCUCGGAAGAAGCUUCCUGCUGCGAAUUCACUCUCCGAGAUGCAGCUGGAAGCGCUCUCGACGACGACUCGGCCAGCAUCGCUGACUACGGCCUCGCUCCCGCGGCUGUUCUUCAUUUUGAUAUCGCUCCCAUUGCUCAUGAUAUUUUGAGAGAUGACAUCCGCGAUUCUGCUGAACCCUUUUCCUCCUAA